CAAUCACUGCAAUUCUGUUUAUGAUACCGGGAGCGAAGUUGUUACAGCUGAUAGUCAGCUUGUUUACAUUUCAUUAUAUAUUUGUAAGGUUAUUUGGCGAACGAAGUUCAGUUUUCAAUCUGUUGUUGCAGUUGCAGCCAGAGCCUUUGCUUCCGAGCGUCGUUGAUUAUGGUUUAGACGGAGCCCUUUUCUCUGAGAAAGCAGGAGAGAGCGCGGGGCAGCCAUGCUGACGUUGGCCAGUAAGCUGAAGAGGGAUGAGGGGGUGAAGACUGGCCGUCCCCCUGGGGGCCCCUCCGACUCCUCUCACAGGGUCUCUAUCAGGGACCGACUGCUCAUCAAAGAAGUUGCAGAACUUGAAGCCAACCUCCCUAGUACGUGUAAAGCCAGCUUCCCUGAUGAGAACAAGCUACACCACUUUCAGCUAGCUGUCUCUCCAGAUGAAGGCUACUACCAGAGUGGAACGUUCCAUUUUGAAAUAGACGUCCCUGAAGCCUACAACAUGGUGCCUCCCAAAGUGAAAUGCCAGACCAGAAUAUGGCACCCCAACAUUGCUGAGACGGGGGAGAUCUGUUUGAGUUUGUUGCGGGAGCACUCUAUCGACGGCACGGGCUGGGCCCCUACCAGAACGUUAAAGGAUGUAGUCUGGGGAUUGAACUCCUUGUUUACCGAUCUACUUAACUUUGAUGACCCGUUGAACAUUGACGCGGCCGAGCAUCAUCUGCGUGAUAAGGAGGAUUUCCGGAAUAAGGUUCAGGAUUACAUCAAGCACUACGCCAGGUGAUGACUGCAUCAGCUGCGCCAGCUGCCUGCUCCCCCCCCCCCUCCGUCUGUGACUGCGCAGCUGAACCCCGUCCCUAAUGUCUCAUCAACCAACCAACCGCUGCGCACCGCUGACACGCCCCGACUGCAAUAAGACGUCGCUGGAAGAAGGAAAGAUUAAACACGUUUUUAAAACUUUGAAGAGGGACUUGUUUAUUGGACCAGAGUAUUCAUCCGUCACAACAGGGAUCGUCCAAUGACUGGGCUUCUCGUUGUGUCUGAGCCAAUCAGAGUGGGCACCGGUGGCAGUGAGGACCCGGGAUUUAAUCAAUCCAGUUAUUUAAGAAUUGGCGAAUCAAAGAGAAAGAUGAUCUGUUAGUUUUUCUCAGUUCUAGUGCCUGCCAUGUUUGUGUUGCAAAGAAAAUGCACGCGAGCUCACAUGCACGCACACACACAGAAUCCCUUCAUGCACAUUGAGAAACGAACAUACUCAACUAGCUUCUCACAACACACAGCACUUGGCUGUGCAUGCAAACACACAGCUGGAAAAAGGACAUAUCUGUUAUGUUAUUCGUUCCUGCCCACCCCCAACUCACCAGACAGCACGUGAAUGACAAGUGCCACCAACCCAGUCCCCAUUCAAAGUCAGUCCCCGUUUUACCCAGUCAGUCCCCAUUCCAGUCAGUCCCCAUAUUGUCCAUUUCACUCUGGAUUUGUCUGAAAAGGCACUAUAUAGGGCAGGGUUAUUCAUCUCUGACCCUACGUGGGCCGAAGCCUGCUGGUUUUCAUCCCUCUAUCCUGCUGUUUUUCAUCUCUCUAUCCUGCUGCUUUUCCCUCCACACCUCUUAGGCCCCACCCACCUCAUGUGUUCUCCUCUGCCCCCAAGGUAGGGGAAUACCAGGGCGCUCUCCCUCUCCUAGGUUGUGUAUGAGUCCUCUGAUUAGUUGUCUAAAGGGAGGGCCUGUGGUCUCGCUCUCUUCUAUGUCAUUGUGCGUCUGUCUGUCCCUCCCAGUGUGUGUGUGUGUGUGUGUGUGUGUGUGUGUGUGUGUGUGUGUGUGUGUGUGUGUGUGUGUGCGCUCUGUGCCUGUGUGUGUGUGUGUUGCUUUGCCUGGGCUGGCUUUGUGCCUGUAUGCACAUUGGAACAUAACAUUCAGUGUCAUCACUGUAUUAAACAUUGUAUUUACGUUUCCAUGAGGCAAAGUGUAUGUGUGUGUGUGCGCGUGCUUUCAAAUGAACAGGUUCAGAUUUGACUUGUUAGCAUGCUCUGGUUCCUAGCCCCACACUCCUUGUUUUACUUGCCCAGCUUGCCUAGUUUCCUGUGAGGCUCAGGAGGGUCUGUCCCUCAGUUCAAAUCCUCCUUUGCUUUCAGAUUGUAUAUCGUUUUUUAAAGAUAUAUUAAAUGUAUGUAAUAAGGAAAA